AUGCAGAAAAUAUUUGAUGGCUAUGAAUUUUAUUUUAUGCUCAAGAAGCAAACUCAUACUCAAGUUCACAUAUUAAUGAAGAGAAUAGAAGAACAAGGAGGAGUUAUUACCGACCUACAACGUGACACAACAACCCACAUUGUUACAAGCAAGGGGAGCAUGUCAGCAAAUCACAUAGUAAAUAAGGAUUGUACACCACAGCAAUAUCAUUUAUGUGUUGAUUGGAUAGCAGAAUGCUUAAAGAAGGGCUUGCAGGUUCCCAAUGAAGGUUUCCAUGUGGUGAGUGUGUUUUAAAUAUGACACUGUCGUUUAAUACAUCAAAGCGAGUACUUGGAUAUUUAGCACUUUUCUAUAAAACACCUUAUAUUUUUCAGCAAUUGGCUUUGGAGGAUGAGCAUCCUUGCAAGUUCCUCAUAAUGAACCCACAUCCAAAAGGCAAAAAACAAAGCCAGAAGAUAAGUUUACAUGUUACACCAAAUAUUAUUCAUUAUUAA